UCUUCACCACUUCACUUUUUCAGUUUUUCUUGUACGACAAUCUCUUUCCUCAACUAGCUGGACUCCGGCGCUAUGUCUAAAGCCGUAUAGUUUCCGGCUAAUUUCCCGGCGAAAUGAUUCGCUACUUCCGGUAAUCCCGUUGAAAGUUAUGGUAAAUCUGUUUGAGUUGUUAGACAAAAGUUUGAAGAAUUCCCGGAAAAUCUCGUUUGUUCGGUCCUAUCGCGGGAAUUGGAAAUUUGUUUGAUUUUGUUGGAAUAUAUAAAGAUACUUGUUCAAAAUGAUAAAGAAAGCUCGUUUGGAUGAUAUUGUGGAGGAGAUAGAAAAUGAAGAAGUCAAUUGUUUUUCAAUAGUGAAUUCGGAGGAAGCAGUAAAUGAUGGUUGUUGCCGAAUUGGGCCAAAUUAUUCACUAUUUCCUGGUCUUAUUGAUGAUGUGGCCUUGAACUGUCUUGCUUUGGUGUGUAGAUCAGACUAUGCUUCUUUGUCAUGUAUAAAUAAGAGGUUUCAUAAAUUAAUCAAAAGUGGGUAUUUGUAUGAAUUGAGGAAGCAACUAGGCAUUGUAGAGCAUUGGGUGUAUUUAGUUUGUGAUCCACGGGGUUGGGAAGCAUUUGAUACCAUGAGAAACAAAUGGAUGACUUUGCCUAAGAUACCUUGUGAUGAGUGUUUCAACCAUGCAGAUAAAGAGUCAUUGGCUGUGGGUAGUGAAUUAUUGGUUUUUGGGCGUGAAUUAUUUGGUUUUGCGAUUUGGAAGUAUAGUUUGGUCCAUUGUGGUUGGAUGAAGUGUGAGGGAAUGAAUCACCCCCGUUGUCUGUUUGGGUCAGGUAGUCUUGGUUCUAUUGCUAUUGUUGCUGGUGGUAGUGAUAAGUAUGGACAAGUUUUGAAUUCAGCAGAGUUAUAUGACUCUACGUCGGGUAAAUGGAAAAUGCUACCCAAAAUGAAUUCACCACGUAGAUUGUGCUCUGGUUUUUUUAUGGAUGGCAAAUUCUACGUCAUUGGUGGAAUGUCAAGUCCUACUGAUUCAUUAACGUGUGGGGAGGAGUUUGAUUUUGAAACGGAGAAAUGGACGAAGAUAGAAGGAAUGUAUCCAAAUGUUAAUAGAGCUGCCCAGGCUCCUCCACUUGUAGCUGUUGUUGAUAACCAGCUCUAUGCAGUUGAGUAUUUGACUAAUAUGGUGAAAAAGUAUGACAAGGUGAAGAACGCCUGGGAUGUGUUGGGAAGGCUUCCAGUUAGGGCUGAUUCUUCGAAUGGCUGGGGUCUGGCAUUUAAGGCUUGCGGAGAUAAACUUUUGGUUGUGGGUGGGCAAAGAGGCCCAGAAGGUGAAGCUAUUGUGUUGAACUCUUGGUGUCCAAAAUCAGGAGUUAAUAAUGGCACCUUGGAUUGGAAGGUGCUUGGUGUGAAGGAGCAUGUUGGGGUAUUCGUGUACAACUGUGCCAUCAUGGGUUGCUGAUAAUUCUUUUAGAUUGACUCAAUGGAUGAAGAGCAGAUUUCUGCAACCUGCAUUGCUCUGUAGGGUGCUUUCCUGCUUAUUAUUUGAUUGACUAAAAUUAAUCAUUGAUGAGCUAGCCUUUCACAAUAUGUGAAUUCAGUUACUUUUUGCUUAACAUGUCUGUAUCCAAAAACUUCAUGAUUAUUCAAUUUAUCUGCUUUCAGGAGUACUCAGUUGGGUCACUCUGAUCAUGUAUCUUUCAAAUCCCAUUUCUGAUCCACAGUCAAUGAAUUUAUUUACAAUAAAUUGAAAGCUUCAUUGUUGAAUGAA